AGAAGAAAAUAAAAGAGCACGUGUUGAUUUGUAUCAAUACGAAGGUGUUGAUGAAUUUCAACAAAAAGAAGCUCUUACCAGUAGAAUAAACAAUAUCAUCAAAGAUUAUUAUCAUGAUGAUAUUGUUUUUCAAGAGUUUCUCCAAAAUGCUGAUGACACCAACACAACAAAGUUUUCAGUAAUUAUCGAUAAAAGUAGUUAUAAAAUAGAUAAUCUAAUAACAGAAGAUCUAAGACAUUGGCAAGGACCCGCUAUUCUAAUUUAUAAUGAUAAGGUUUUUACUGAAGACGACUUGGAAAAAUUGGUGGAAUUAGGCAUUGGUAGCAAAUUAGACAAAUAUGAAAAGAUUGGAAGAUUUGGAUUAGGAUUUAAUACCUGUUAUCAUUAUACAGAUUUACCAAGUUUUAUUACUGGAAAACAUAUUGUCAUAUUUGAUCCACACCAAAAAUACUUGACAGGUCCAGGCAUUAAAUUUAAUUUUGUGGAUAGUAGGAAUGACAGGAAUGAUAUGUUCCAAAGAUAUCAUAAUCAGUUUGCGCCUUUUGAUAAUUUUGCUCUAGACAAUAAUGAAGAAAAAUCUUUUCAACUUAGAGAAAGAAAAGAAUUCAAAGGAACACUAUUUAGAUUGCCACUUAGAACCAAAGAUAUCACAAGCAAAAUUUCCAACAAAAACCAUGAUAUCAUUAAAAUAAGAAAUACUUUAAUGAAUUAUAGAUAUAGGGCAUUAUCAGAAUUGAUAUUUCUAAGAAAUAUUAAGUCAAUGGAAGUUUAUGAAAAAUUGAGCAAUGACUUUUUGUUAACGUUAAAAUGGAAAGUGGAGAUGUCCAAAAUUUCUAAUAUGGAGCUUAGACAAAAUCUUGGUAAAUCACUUGGUUCAUCUUGUCUAUUGACUAAGCUUUUUGAGCACAAUGUUGAUGACGAGGUAGCAUCAACAAAUUGGCUAAUAUGUUCCAGUAGUAGGAAUGAAGAAAUUGAAAAUGAACACCUCAGAAAUUAUUCAGAGGAAAAUCAUCUGAGCCAUUCAUCCGGAAUUGGAAUAUUGCUUGAUUAUAGUUGUGAACCAGCAGCAAAACGACAUAUCAAAUUAAGUGGAAAGUUAUAUUCAAAUUUGUCUUUGUCCGUUGAGGGAACAGAUCUUCCAUUCAAUUUGAAUUCAUGUGGCUGGGGUUUAUCAUCAGAUAGAAACAUUCAACUAACACAACAAUUCAUAAAUGUUGGAGAUGGUGAUGUUAAAGUAAAUAAAGUUACCUGGAACAAUUUUAUACUCAGUGAAAUUUUGCCAACUGUUUACAUCAAGUCGAUGAAACAUCUAGUUGAACUAAUUGAUGCCAAUGAUUAUGACCACAUGAAAGAUCAAGUCUUGAAGUUAAUUAGUGAAAAUGAUGAAAGCACAUUUUGGAGCGAGUUGGGUGGUGGUAGAUUUGUUAAGUUUAGUGAAGCUCACAUUGGAGAUGAUAAUAAAGUCGGAAAAGUCAUUAUUGAUUAUCUUUUGGAUAAUGGUAAAGUGGUAGUUGUAUUAGAUGAUGAAAAGGCCAAAGUUUUUGACAAUCUGGAAAUUGAAUACAAGAAAAUCGAUGCAAAAUUGGUCAAGGAUGUUUUAAGUGAACAUGGAUUCGCUAACAAAGAUUUGGAGUAUUCAUCAAAAAUCGAUUUGUUAAAAUAUAUACUAAAAGAUGGAAAAUACAAUGAUCUUGAUGGCAUUCCUUUAGUUCUAUUAUUUGAUGAUUCAUUUGGUACUUUUGGUCAAAGUUACUUUUCACUCACAACAAAUGAACAAAUAGAACUAUUUCCCAAAGGAAGCAAAAAUCAUUUUAUAUCAAUUGACAUGCUUAAAAAGAUUGGAUUAUUUGACAUGUUCAACAGUGAAGAUUUCCAGGAAUCUAUAAAUAUUAGACAUUUUAACUCUUCAACAAUAUCAACUGUUCUCGAGGCUGAUUUGCCAAAGAAUAAUUGUAUAAAUUAUGAUCCAGAUUCAUCAGAAAUACCAAACUGCUCAUGGCUUGGCAAAAUAUGGAAUCAUAUUAACACGGAUGUAAAUGUUGACACAAGUGGAUUGGCAUCUUAUCCCCUAAUUGAAAUUUGA